CCCGUUCCGCAGCCUGAAGUGGCGGUUCGCGCUGAGAGCAGCGUUAAAUCACUUGUCCACUAUCCACGACCAUGUCGGCGCAAGUCGCCUUGCCAGGCGACUUCGGCGCGGACACACCUCCGCCGUACACUGAGAACACCCCACACAACCUGGGCCGAGCUACUGCGCGUCUUCAGUUUCCUCCUUCGUAUGUUGUCGUCGGCAUAUACAGACUUUGCACGGACAGAACCCUGUACAUCCCGGCGUGGAAGAAGUGCCAGCAUGGGGUUGUAAGAGGUCUGGGGGUCGGCUUGGCUUGGGCAUGCUCGACCUUCAAGCUUCAGAGAUGGAUCAUAGAGCAUUUCUACAUGAAUUCUCCUCGAGUCCUGGGUCUCUCCGACUAUCAGACAACCCUCGGAUCGUAUGUGCCGUUUGAUAUGCGUACAUUCGCGACGUUCUUCUUCGUAGCAACACAAGUUUCCGGUAUUGUCACGUACUUCGUCUCUCAUGGCCUGCGUGUCGCACGAGAACGCGCAUACGACCAGACCAUUGAGUCCAGGAACAAGGGGCCCGACUUCUGGCGUCCGUACGUGGAAGAAUGGGACAACCCGCCAAAAGUGAGCAAGGGAGUUGGGCUUAGCCAUGUCCUCAGUGGAUCUCUGGGGAGGAUUGCCGUUAGAGUGUUGUUCCUGCAUGUUGAAGUCGUCCCCGUGAUGGGAAUGCUCGUCUCAGCUUGGUUCAGAUCAUUUGGAACGGCCCGUUACCUCCACAAGCCCUACUUUCAUGCAAAAGGCAUGUCCCCCGAGCAGGUGUCCGUCUUUAUUGAGGAGCGCAAGUGGGAUUACAGAGCAUUCGGCUUCGUUGCAGCUCUUCUGGAGCACAUUCCGCUUGUCGGACUGAUGUUCUCCGUAUCGAAUCGGAUUGGCGCUGCUAUGUGGGCUGUGGAUCUGGAGAAGCGACAGCACUACGUAUCUGAGAUGCAAGGUGCCUGCGAAAAGCAUGAUGACUCCAAAUGACUUUGAACUGUGUCGUAUUAGUCUCAUUGAUCGACGAAGCCCCGAUCGGACUGUGUUCAAGUUACUAGCCAGCUUUUGUGGCGCUCACCGCUCAGGGCCUCAUAAAAUUGCAUACAGGGCUCUGCGCUACACUCGCUUCGUGAUUAUCAUUGCAUCAUAAUGCGGGAGAAUGUCUAA